AUGGUUCGCCUAGUGCCAUCCUUCCUGAAAAAUGUAAUCCCCGGAGUAUAUUCAAGCACCGAGGAGUCCACAAAUAACACGGAACAAGACGAAGGAACACGCUCGUCGGAGGCUCCUCCACCUAUCACACCAAUUAAGGACAAAGAAGCUCUUGAAGUAACCACAAAUAUCGCAACUAUAGCACUAAUAGACUGGGGACCGCCGAAAUUAGGCACCAGCACACGGACAGAGGAUUCUGGAAGCAGAUCUAUAUUCAACUUUUUCGGAACAAGUGAAAACUUGUCCACUAGCAGGACAUGUAAAGUCCCCAAAGUGCAAGAAUCAGACUUUGCACUCUAUAUACAGCAAAUCGGAGAUGUAGUUUUACAAGGUACAAUGCAGCCUUUGGACUCUGUAAUCGUCCCAUCACACGGCCAAGCAGAUGCUACUUCUGAUAAAGUACAGAAGAAAUAUUUUGAAGAAUCGUACCAGUUGAGUGGGAACAAGGUAUUUCAACUUGGUCUAGAACAGGUUCCAGAGUCAAUAGCCCACUUAGAAUCGCAAUUAAAUACGGUAAAUAUGCAACUGAGUGAUCUAGUUGGUACACAUUUAAGGCAUGUAAGCAACUCAUUUUCUUGUGUUGGAGAGGUUAAGGAUUGUUUUUUCAAUGCAAAGGAAAAACUAAAUGGUAUACGUUGUACAUUCGAUUCAGUACAGGCACAUUUAUAUUCAUCUCCCACGUCUUGUGAUGCACCAGAAAGCGAUAAUGCUCUACCACAAAUUCUCGCAAAAAGGAAGGAGAUUCGAGGUAUAAUUUCAAAAUUGGAAACUCUAAAGGCAAUAGUAUCAACUCCAGACUAUAUACAAGGGAUCGUAGACAUAAGUAACAUUGCCCUGGCACAUAUUUUCUGCACCCUGACCAUAAACUACUUUAAUGAUCUGUCGAAAUUUACCCUUGUAAAUUCAGUAGCACUUGUUAUUAAAGAUACUAUUGCAAACUUAGAGAGAGUUGCUGAUGCAAAAUUUAUAGAUUUAGUAAAUUACACCUUCACGGAGUGCUUUAUAAGCCCUAAUGUGGAUGAUGUUCUUUCCAGUACACUCGGAAAAAUUGAGCCUAUUCUCAUUGUUUUGAUUAUGGAAAAUUCUCUGAAAAGUUCACUACAAACACUGGAGAUUAUGUACUCGAGGACUGGUGAGGACAAAACACCAAGCUCAUUUCCAAAGGAUACGUUGGAAUGCAUAAGAAAUGCGUAUAAAUGGUACACAAAACUCGUGCAAAGGAUAGUAUGCAUAUCAUUAAUGCACAGUGAGGGUAAAUAUAAGCAAUCUCAGAAUGAAUCUAAGCGAAUUGUAGAGCAAGUCUUCCUGGUAAUGCAUAAGGGUAAUAUUAAUACCACUCAAUGCGACUAUUCAACACUUUUAAAGGCCACAACUAUUUUGAAGGAGCUUUUUAAGCUCCCAGAAGUUUGUAUAUUCCAAUCUGCGCGAGAAAAUGAAGAAGUUCUUGGUUCUACUCCCAACUCAGAAGCUUCUAUAGAAAUCAUAAUUACUUCCAUCAGGAGCUUAAAGGUGGUUUUGGAUGAACUUGUAACAAGACAUUUAGUUUCAAGUUUACAUGCAUUUUGUACGCAGAGCAACUCGGUCGAAUCGGCGGAUGCUCUCUAUUCUAGCCUAGAGUUAUUGGAUGAUUCUUUUGGAUUAGUCAUAGAUGAGAUUAAACUUAUGGAAGAAAGUUGUAUGGAGACGACGUGCAACAUUAUUUGUAGAGAGUAUAUACAACAUUUUAUUGCUGAUCCAGAACCUCUUGUAUCCACAUGCAGGGAGUUGCUUACCAAAGAAGACAGAGUGCAGAUGUAUAGCACCCUAUUUAGAGAAAAGAUUAAUUAUACAGGGAAAAUCUUGGUUGAGUCACUUUACGCCGAGUGUCUUGGAAACGUGCACAAUGAUCUUUUGGGUGAAGACUGGACUAGUUACCAAGAUUUACACUAUGACUGUAAUGGAACUAUUAAACCAUUUAAACUUUCCAAUACGGUAAGAAACAUGUACGAACAACUAAAGGUCUGCCAAAAGGUCUGUAAAAUGUUUCCAGAUAAUAUAGAACUUCUCUCUAGGUGCAUAAACACAUUUGCACAUUACAAUACACUGAUGGAAAUGCAAAUUGAUGAGACUGGUACGGUAAGAAAGUUUUGUCUCAUUUUAGAGAGUCUACGCUUCUUUACAUUUUUGAUCCCACAGUUUAUAAAAGACGUAAUAUCCGUAGACACUACCGCUAAUGAAGAGUUGGAAUAUCAUGAAUCGCUUGUAGGACUUGGCUCAAACGCUGAAAAGUGCGUAGUGGAAUUGAGAAGAUUGUACAAGAGAGCACUAGAAGCUCUAUCUGGGCAAAUGUUUGCAACCUUUACGCCUCUUAUUUUGGAAUGGAUAUUUUAUGAUGCUGCAGAUACUAAUGACUAUCUUGAAAACACCUUUACUAUAGAAUCGAUGGAGACCGCAAAAGAAAGCUUCACGUCUAGUAUAUCAUCUGCUUCUCAUGUGUCCAAUGAAGAUUUUAUUGAAACGGACUUUUUGGCCGAAAAUGGCAAUUCUGGGAUUGAGCCAUUUAUCACUGCUAUAAAGGAGGCUUUUGAGGAGAUUAGUGAUAUACUUGGAAAUCUAGAUGAUUUGCGUUAUAUUUUCAAGACUGUAUUUGAUAAGCUUUUAAUUGUUGUUACCUCUCAAGAUCCACCAAUUGAAAAGAGUGACAGAUUCUCGAAUGACUGCACAAAAAUAUUAACUGGCUUGUUACACUGCACCCAGAUCAAACUUGAGACAUUUGCAUUUGCCAACGCACUUUCUAAUGAACUCUCGUAA